AAAGGCUGCAAAGCUCCUUAGUAUUGUCCGUUUGCUAGAACUUAUGAUCUAAACAUCGGUAUAUGAGCUUAUAUCCCCGACAACUUCAUAUAUGUACUUGUCAGCGGUAUUCAUGAAGAUUUGACCUCGUUUUUAAUGAUGAUCGGUAUACAUAGGUAUGAGUAGAGUUUAGUAAAGAAUGUAAUUAACUAAUGACUAAUUAAAACCAUACGUAAAGCAGGUUGGUGAUUUUGUUUCAAUCAGCCAAUAGUAAACAGAGAAUACUAAUAAGGACUGGUUAAUUUUCAUUAAUCAUCCUGAAAAACGCAAGUUAUUAAUUGACUUUCAUUAGAAUCUGUUAUAUUUCUACCAGAGGGGUGUUUUCGAUUUGAUGAUGGACGACGUAAUGUGUACGAGUAAACAAAGUGUGUCACACAAUUUAAUCAGUUUUCGGAUUAAUUUUGCGGAAUGAUUAUUUCACAGAACACUCGGCAUGGAACGUCAUCGUUUCCAAGGAUAGAAUACGUGUUUUUAAAAGUUUGUUUAUUUUUUUAAUGUUUUCUUUCAAAGUUUAAUUAUGUAAAUAAGGAACAGAUAAGUACAAUCAACAUUUGAACUAAAAAAACUCCGUCAACAUGCAGACGUCAAUAAAGCAAUUAACGACAUUAUUAACAGUUCUAUUUAUUAUACAUGUGGAUAUACGAACUUGUGCAGAGAUUACACUAACCUUUGACAUACACGGAACCGGAACAGGAAGUGCAAGUAAUCCGAAAAGUAGCACAGAAAACCGCACACAGGCAGUGUCAGUUACUAAUUCAGUAGAGGCCAUAAAACCGGUGGCCCAAAGAAAAGAUACAAGUGAUAUUGGACCAGUAAUAGUAAAUAGUAAAAGCGUUGAUGUACGAACUGAUGUUAACUCGAACAAUUCUUGGGAAGGUGCAAUUACAGAAGAUGGGCUUAAGAGGUCGAUUGAUUCAUUGGAACCAACUAACCAAAGUAAAGAUAUAAAUAGACUAAGACCUAUUGUGGUAAAUGAAAAAACAGUACAAACUCAACAUGGUAUUAGAAAUGGUAUAUCUAAUGAAAGAGACACUCCUUUAUCAGCAAUAAGCAAAAUACAAGGCGCCAUUAAACAUCUCAACCAAGCCACAGAUGUAAAAGAUAUUAAACCUGUGAUUCCUAAAAGUGUAAAUGUUGAAUCUGCGAACACUGCGAAUGAAUCUACUGAUAACGCAAAACCGGUGUCCGCAAUAAGUGUACGACAAGAGACAGUCAAACAUGUUAACAAAGAUGAUAAAGCUGGAAGCUUCUUACCUGUUGUAAUAAAUGAUACAACUCACGCCAGUGUUGAUGCAAAUCAAGGAAAGGAUACCCUCAAAUCUCUUGUUAGUAAAGCAAAUUCUUCAAUGGCAGUAAACCAAAGCAGAGACACAAACGAUAUUUUACCAGUUGAUAAUGAUACACUAGGUGUAAUAAAACAACUAACUAAAAAGAAAGACGAUAAUACUAUAAAACCAGUUUUAGUAACUCGUGUUGAGGUUAGAAAUGAGACUUUUAAAAACAAAACUGCAAAUGUUAAGUCAUCAGGGGAAGGUGUUAGGAAAAUGACUGAUUUAAUGGAACCAGUUGACCAAAGUAAAGAUAUAAAUAGGCUGAAACCUAUUGCAGUAAAUGAAAUAACACUAGAAAGUCAACAUGGUUUCAGUAAUAGUAUAUCUAAUGAUAGACCUACUCCUAUAUCAGCAAUAAGCAAAAUACAAGACGCUAUAAAACCUCUCAACCAGAUGACAGAUGUAAAGGAAAUUAAACAUGUGAUUCCCAAUAGCGUAAGUGUUGCAGCUGAAAAUGUAAAUGUACCUAAUAAAUCCAGUGAUAAAACAAACCCAGUGUCCGCUAUAAGUGUAAGAAAUGAAACAAUCAAGCAUGUUAACAAAGAUGAAACGGCAGGAAAACUGUUACCUGUCUUCAUAAAUGAUACAAAUCGUGCUAGUGUUGAUGUCUUGCGGGAACGUGAAUCUAGUGAAAAGGGAAAACAAAAGACUUUAGUAAGUGAAACAAACUUUUUAGCGCCGGUGAAUCAAAGUGUUGAUACAAAAGAUAUUUUACCUGCUCAUAUAAAUAGUUCUAGAAAUGUGAAUAAUGGUUCAAUGAUAAACAAAGGUACCACGCUUAAAAUGUCAAUAAGUAGAGCGCAAGAUACAAUAGGACAAGCUAACCAGAUAAAAGACAAUAGUAAUGAUGUUACACCUACUAGAAUAACAAAAUUUAAUGCGGAAAAUUCAGUAAAUGCUAAUAAAUCUAAUGAAAAUGGAUCAAUUAUUGCUGCAGUAAGUUUUAUAAAUACUACAAAACCGAUCAAUCAAAGUAAAGACAUAGAUGGCGUCUCACCUGUCGUAACUAAUGCUACACAUAUAAACGAUGUAGAAAAUAUCAUUAAUGGAAAUAACAACGUGCCAAUUAAUCAAGCUAAUGAUAAUAACGUUUUGAAACCUGUGGAAAGUAACAUAACUCAUGUGAAAGUAUUAGAAGAUAAUGGUAAAGAUGUCGGUCAAGAUAACAAGACUUUUAAUAUUACUGUACAACCACCAUUGAUAAUUAAUGACGAAAAAGUGCCACCUAUAAGCGGUAUACCUACAGUUGAUCUUAGAAAAAGAUACAAUAGUAUCGGUACUGAAUUUUGUAAAAUAAAAAGCAGAUGUAACUCAACUAUACCGUCCAAAUCAUGCUACUGUGAUUCGUUAUGCAGUGUCCUGAAAGAUUGUUGUGAAGAUGCGGAAGCUUUGCAAGAUCUUAAAUUAGAUUCUGAUCAAUUAACAUGCACGCACGUAAAAGGAAUUUCUAGCUACGGAGACGGUUUGGUGAUUGUUUCAAAAUGUCUGCCAAUUUGGAAUGAUGACGUUACUAGAAGGCUUUGUGAAAGCGAGCCUGACAGUGAUGAUAUAUAUUCACAAAUUCCAGUUUCUGACCAAACUAUGGCGGGAAUUUUGUACAAAAACAGGCACUGCGCACAUUGCAAUAAUGUCUUUAAAUAUGAAUUUCUCAAAGCGGACGUGAAAUGUGUGGAAGAUAGUAGUUUGGUUGAUAUAUCUGACCUAAAGGACUGUGAAAUAUCUUUUCAAUUGCCAAACACGUCUGCAACAAUUCGGACUUGUGAAACAAAUACGAAUAUAGUAUCAACAUGUAAACCAUCAUUUAAUGAUAAGAAGAUUCACGAAAAGUGUGUGAAUGGUUUUUAUUCAACUACAUACACAGACAAAGGAGAUGUUUAUAAAAAUAAAUACUGCGCCAUGUGUAAUGGCGAGAUUACUUUGAACAUGUAUUGUCAACCGCAACGUUUCUUUGCUAUUGAAAGAAUGCAACCAACCUUGGUCUAUAGCUUUCGGAUGAUUGUUGACUUUAACUCAAAAUGGGAAAUAAAAAAUGAAGAAAGAACGCCGUUUAACGAAUGCAACGAUAAUGAAAUUUAUGACCCAUUUUCAAAGUCGUGCAGAGAAAUAUUUUGCCCGCCUUAUACUGUACCUCUUAAUGGGAAAUGUGAUCCAGUUGCCCAGGAACUUGUUGGAAUUAUGAACAACAGGACAAUGUUUAAUACUACAGAAAAUUGCACACUUACUAUUAUAGAGGACAGUGAAUUAAAAUUUUCAAACGACACAAAAGUAAUCACUUUUCGCGAUAUCACAUUUAAUGACACCGAAUACUGGAAAAAUGGCACAGAUGUUUUCGUAUGCUUGGAAAGACUUAAUAUAAGCGCGAGAAAUAACGCUUCUAAAGUUAGAAAUUUGUAUCCGUAUAGUCCAGUAGAAAGCUAUGUUUCAUUUAUUGGAUUAGUAUUGUCAAUAACAGCGUCUUUGGUCACACUUGCUGUUUACAUCAUGUUUCCGCAGCAACUACUCAACACGCCGGGGAAAAAUGUCAUGUGCCUAACCAUUACAUUAGCGGUGUCGCAAGUGUUAUUCCUCGUCGCGUCAGAGGUCGUGUCAUUGCACUAUUUGUGUGUGACAUUCGCAAUUCUAAUGCACUAUUUCUUCCUAAGCUCAUUUUGCUGGAUGAACGUCAUUGCAUUCGAUCUUUGGGUGACAUUUUCCCAUAAGUUUGUCUCGGUCCGGCAUCAGUCAUCCAAAACGAGAAGGUUCAUUUAUUACAGUCUUUACGCCUGGUGUUUGCCUUUAAUAAUAGUAGCAGUUGCGGAUAUUCUUAAUUUCGUGGAUUUUGAUGGAAAAUCGACAAAUUCGUUUGUUCCUAAUUAUGGAAAUGGGAUAUGUUGGAUAACUUCAAGAAACGCAUUACUACUGUUUUUCGCGGGGCCUUUAGCAAUAUUCAAAGUGUUUGAUUUUAUUUCAUUUGGUUUUACGGCCUAUCACAUUACACGAGCAAGAACGCAAGGAACGUUUGCGCGCAAAGGUACAUCGGCUAGUACUUUUAUUAUUAACUUAAGAUUGUCGAUUGUGAUGGGUCUGACGUGGGCCUUUGCUUUUCUUGCCAACUUCACGAACAAUACCAUAUUGUGGUAUUUAUUUAUCAUUUGUAAUACUCUUCAAGGAUUAUUUAUUGCGAUAAGUUUCCUGUGUACUAGAAAAGUGUUGAACUUAUUUAGAGAAAAAUAUGAGACGAAUUUUUCAAGGUCAUCAGAGACGCAGAUAACGACACGACCAAGUUACAAAUCGUCCGAGUAAGAUGUUGCUACUACAUGUAUACUUAUUGCUUUGCUACAUGUAUAUGAUGCAUAAUAUUUAUUUUGUGAAUUUAAAUAUGAAUGAUGCGCUGUCAUGUUAAGAUAUGCUGUUAUUUUAUUUUACAUUCUUUCAUUGCUAAUUUAUCUAUUUAUGUCAUUUAAAUUAUUUUAUAUGUUAUUUUAUUUGCGUUAUUUCUUUUGUAAUAAAGUUAU